AUGGCUUCUCGUAAGAAAGUUCUUUUGAAAGUUAUUAUCCUAGGCGAUAGCGGUGUUGGAAAAACAUCAUUAAUGAAUCAAUAUGUCAAUAAAAAAUUCAGUAAUCAAUAUAAAGCUACUAUCGGCGCUGAUUUCUUAACUAAAGAGGUCAUGGUUGAUGACCGUCUUGUAACGAUGCAGAUUUGGGAUACCGCUGGACAAGAACGUUUUCAAUCCUUAGGAGUUGCCUUUUACCGUGGAGCCGAUUGUUGUGUUCUUGUGUAUGAUGUUAAUAAUUCCAAGAGUUUUGAAACGUUGGAUAGUUGGAGAGAUGAAUUCUUGAUCCAGGCUUCUCCACGAGAUCCUGAAAAUUUUCCAUUUGUUGUCUUGGGUAACAAAAUCGAUAUGGAAGAAUCAAAGAGAGUGGUAUCUCAAAAACGGGCCAUGACUUGGUGUCAAUCCAAAGGCAACAUUCCUUAUUUUGAAACAAGUGCUAAAGAAGCAAUCAAUGUUGAAAAUGCAUUCCAAACUAUUGCGAAAAAUGCUUUACAACAGGAGGCUGAUCCAGAUUUCUAUAACGACUUUCCGGAUCCGAUUAAGAUUGAUAAUGAUAAUUCCAAAUACGAUACUUGUGCGUGUUAA